AUAAGAUAAGAAAAGAUAAGUCAAGAUAAGAUAAGUUAAGAAAAGACAAGUCAAAAUAAGAUAAAAGAUAAGUUAAGAUAAGAUAAGAUAAGUCAAGAUAAGAUAAGAUAAGAUAAGAUAAGUCAAGAUAAGAUAAGUUAAGAAAAGACAAGUCAAAAUAAGAUAAAAUAAGAUAAGAUAAGUUAAGAAAAGACAAGUCAAAAUAAGAUAAAAGAUAAGUUAAGAUAAGAUAAGAUAAGUCAAGAUAAGAUAAGAUAAGAUAAGAUAAUUCAAGAUAAGAUAAGUCAAGAUAAGAUAAGUUAAGAAAAGACAAGUCAAAAUAAGAUAAAAUAAGAUAAGAUAAGUUAAGAAAAGACAAGUCAAAAUAAGAUAAAAGAUAAGUUAAGAUAAGAUAAGAUAAGUCAAGAUAAGAUAAGAUAAGAUAAGUCAAGAUAAGAUAAGAAAAGAUAAGUCAAGAUAAGAUAAGAUAAGAAAAGAUAAGUUAAAAUAAGAUAAGAUAAGAUAAGAUAAGAUAAGUCAAAAUAAGAUAAGAAAAGAUAAGUCAAGAUAAGAUAAGAUAAGAUAAGAAAAGACAAGUCAAAAUAAGAUAUGAUAAGAUAAGAUAAGAUAAGUCAAGAUAAGAUAAGAUGAGAAAAGACAAGUCAAAAUAAGAUAAAAUAAGAUAAGAUAAGAUAAGUUAAGAAAAGACAAGUCAAAAUAAGAUAAGAUAAGAUAAGAUAAGUUAAGAAAAGACAAGUCAAAAUAAGAUAAAAGAUAAGUUAAGAUAAGAUAAGAUAAGUCAAGAUAAGAUAAGAUAAGAUAAGAUAAGAUAAGUCAAGAUAAGAUAAGAUAAGAUAAGUCAAGAUAAGAUAAGUUAAGAAAAGACAAGUCAAAAUAAGAUAAAAUAAGAUAAAAGAUAAGUUAAGAUAAGAUAAGUCAAGAUAAGAUAAGAAAAGAUAAGUCAAGAUAAGAUAAGAUAAGAAAAGAUAAGUCAAAAUAAGAUAAGAUAAGAUAAGAUAAGAUAAGAUAAGUUAAGAUAAGUUAAGUUAAGAUAAGAUAAGAUAAGGGGAAAUCGUAUGUGUUACAGCAGAAAAGGGGAAAGUAAUAAAUAAGUGAACAUGUAAAAUAAACCUAAAUCUAAAAUGAGGAGAAUUCUUUGGUUUAUUUUCCGGAUGAUUCCGUUUCUUCUUGUCACUGACACAUGAGGAGCUGUAGUAACCUGUGACACCAGCAGAGGACGCUGUCAGCUCCUCCUGCCACAGACAGAGCUUCAGAGGAGCCAGUUCAGUGUCCAGAGAGACGAGGAGGACGGAGGAUCUGUUCCAGGAUCAUUUACAGCUUCUGGAGGAUCAUGUCUCGCAGGAGGAUGGAAACUAAACCAGUGAUUUUAUGUGUGAAGACGCUGCUGCUGCUCUACUCCUUCAUCUUCUGGGUGACUGGUGUGGUGCUGCUGGCGCUGGGGUUAUGGUGGAAGUUCAUGUUGGGCCCCUACACGUUACUGAUCUCCAGAGGCCCCUCCCACACUCCCUACGUCCUCGCCGGCACUGGCGCUGCCAUCGUGCUGUUCGGACUGUUCGGCUGCUUCGCCACCUGCAGGGGGCGCCCCUGGAUGUUGAAACUGUACGCUGUGUUCCUGUGUCUGGUCUUCAUGACGGAACUCAUCGCUGGAAUCUCUGGAUUCAUCUUUCGUCACGAGAUCAAAGGGACGUUCCUCACCACGUACAGCGACGCAGUGAGGAACUACGACGGACGAGACGACAGGAGUCUGGCUGUGGACGGUGUCCAACGUAGAUUACAUUGCUGUGGAGUGUAUAACUACACCACCUGGUUCAGCAGUGUGUAUUUCCCUGUCAGUGGGAUUCCUGCCAGCUGCUGUGUUAGUUUCUCUGACUGCAGAGGAGACGACCUGAAGAACGCAACACUGGCCUCAGGGAAAGUCUACAACCAGGGUUGUUACGAGCUGGUGACCUCGUUCAUCGAGAGCAACUUGGGAAUCAUCGCAGGCGUCACGUUCGGAGUCGCCUUCUCUCAGUUGCUUGGGGUGUCUCUGGCCUGUUGUCUGUCUCGAUUCAUCAACGCCAACCAGUACGAGAUGGUUUAACAGUGAAACGACAGUUUUGUCACCACGGAGACCUGAGGAAACACACACCACCUCCUGGAAGCUGAUUGGUUGUCUGUGGCCCUUUGUGUGAUGUGGAAGUUCAGGUUGAGAAAUAAUCAAUAAUCAAUAUUAACUGUAGAGUGAAGACCUGGUGCCACCAGGGGGCGCCACCCUGAACCCUGUGCUGUACUUUGGAACCAGAACAACAAUGAACUGUGAAGUUGUCAUUUCCUGUGUCAUAGUUUGUGUCUGCGAGGGGCCCGAUGUGCACCUGGACCCCUGAAACCUUCUCCACAGCCCUGCUGCUUGAUGUCUCAUUUACCUUUAUUAACGUUGUCAUUUAUUUAUAUUUUAUUUACAUGGUUAUUUAUCUGUUGUGAAAUAAAAGGCAAUGUGAUGAUGACUCUUUGUGAAGCGACAGAAAAUAAACACGGAAA